CCAUUUACACCACGCACAAUUCUAGGUUUGGUACUGUCCGUGCGGAUUAAAUUCGGACCAUCUAUUUAGGUAGACCACAUUUCAUCAUUCUUUUUAUCGCCAAAACUGAGAUUUAACAAAUUAUUAACAGGAAAAAGUUAUUCCACACCAUUCUCCUAGUUCCUGUAUUAAUAAUUCAUAAAUCAUUAAUAUUUACUUAUAAUUACCUUGAACAUAAUCCUCUCAAUGACUUAUGAACUUACGCGCACAGUUGCUAUGCGAUAGAGCUUUUUGUAUACAAAAUCCAAAGCGCAAACAAAUCAUGAAAACCACAUUUAUACCAACACUGAUUUCUUCUUUCGACUCCUGAGAUUUCAAUCAUGGCCACUGCGAAUUUGCCAGCAGUAGCGCAUCCUUUGUCGCGUUUAGGUAGUCCAGAAAAGAUUUCAGUUCGCGGCGUGUCGCGGGGCCAAGGAGCAACCUCGCAAAUUCAACAUGAACUUCAAAAAGUAAACCAGCUUCGUCCGAUUACGGCGGAUCAGAUACCAUGGCGUCUGACAAAGACUUCUCAAGGAUCAAGAGGUCUUGGUAAAGAAACUACCUUACCGGCCUUAGGAUCUCUCCCCGAAGGAUUCGAGGUUAAAAAAGCAAGUGAUCAGUCGAAACCCGCAAUCCCAAUAUUUGGAAACCGAACCGACCUUGUCAGUCGAGCAGAAAGCCGCCAAUCAAGGCUUAACACAUCUUUGUCAUAUGAGAGACCAAUUGUGGAUGAGCUGGAGGAAAUAAUAAGAGAAAAGUUGAAAUCAGGUUAUUAUUUGGUGAAGCAAGCUUUUAAACAGCAUGAUCCAGAAGGGCGAGGAGUAAUUACAAGAGAGUCACUGGCAAAAAUCUUACGCAGCAUAGUUGGCAGAAAUAUCAGUUUAAGUCAAUUCAAUCGCCUUAUGAUAAGAUUGGGUUUGGAUAUAAAAAAGACCAUUUCUAUUGAGGAGUUUUAUUCAUCAUUCUCCAGACCAAAGAAAGAUGGUGUGCCUGAAUGGUUUGAGCAACAAGGAAGAACAGUCUACUACCUUUCUGCAGCUCAAGUGCAUUCUCAGUUGAAGGAGAGAGCUAAACAAAGAUUCCUGGAUUUAGGUGAUCUUAUUCCACAAAUUAAUCCUGGGGGUAGUGGAAGGAUUUUAAAGCCUGAACUCCGCAACGCCUUAAACAAACACGGCUUUGCUAUGGAAGAUUCUGAAUACGAUAAACUAUGGACGAAAUAUGACACUGAAAACAUCGGGGUGAUUAAAGGCGAGAAGCUUUUGCAAAAACUCGGCAUUAGCCUAAAAACCAACGUGGAAAACGUCGAAGAUAGGACGGAGGCGAAGGAAGAAACGCGUUCACCUCGGAAGCUUGAACCAGAACGGCUCCACUCGCUGGAUGUUGAACGUUGGUUGAAGAAGAAAUUUCGAGAAGGGUGUUCAGAGAUGAAGCAUGCUUUUCAAGAAAUAGAUCUUGACAGAAUGGGAAGAGUGUCGAUAGAUGAUUUUAGGAAAGUUUUGAGAGAGUUUGGUUUAACGUUGAGCUCUGGCAAGCAAGUGGAAGAUUUCUUAGCAAGGUGCGGUGUUGAGUUUGAUGAUAAAGUCCCUUACAAAGAAUUUCUUCGGCGUUUCCAAGAUCGGAGCGAGAAGGGUGUUGCGCACAAAAUCUUGGCAAAUCCGUUGCACAGAUACCAUCAAGCCGAAGUCGACAGCAAGUUUUCAACAACGUCGGCCAUAGAAGCAAAAUUGAUGGACAUGUUUCAGAGAGAUUUUCUUUCCCUUCUAGGGACACUCCACAAAAUUGAUCGUAAUGGCGAAGGUUUGGUGAGUCAGGAACAGUUUCGCGCGGCUAUUGAAAGUCGUUUUGAACUCGGGAUGUCUGAUGAUGAAUACCAACAAUUUCUAAGCUGUGUCCCAUUGGACAGCGAUGGAAUGGUGCAGUAUGCUUUAUUUAUGUCGAGAUUUGACACAAAAGAACAAGUGUCUCUUUUCGAUGGCAAGUCGACGCUGCCCGAACGAAAGUUCAUCCAGAGCGAUUCCCCGCCGAAGUCUCCCCGAUUCCGACCCGUCAAGUCGGUUGGAAGCACCAAGGAUGGCGAGGGAAGAAGUGUGGAGGAAAUGAGACGAAUUAUAAAAAGAAUUUUGAAUGAUAAUCUUCCGCAAAUCCAGGAGCAAUUCUACGACAUCGAUGAAUUCAACUCUAAACGUCUAACACAAGAAAUGUUCACGAGGCUGAUGAAACGAUUUGGAGUAGACUUCAGUUCAAACGAGGUAAAACGGCUGUGGAAUACGUUGCUGACAGAUCAGAAACGCAUGCUGGAAUUCUCGCAGUUCGUCCGUCAUUUUGGCUGCAGCUCCGGGACUCAAGCAUACCCAAAUGCAAAGAUAUCGCCUCCGAAACGCGGGGACAGUGACUUCAUGAUGAGGUCGAACAAACUCAACAGCGACGUUGAUAUGCUUUUUGAUCAACUGAGGUCGAAGGUCGACUUAAAUUGGGAGAGAUUGCAGGCGGAAUUUAAGUCUCUAGAUCCUGGUGGAUCCGGGUGUAUCGGUAGAGAAGACUUUAAGGACAUCAUCCAGAUCCUAUGUUUAGAAAUAACCGAUUAUGAAGCUGACCUUAUUGCAAAGAAAUUCGAGAAUAAGAAAGAUGGAAGAGUCAGCUAUAUCUCUUUCCUUGAGCCAUUUUCACGUCGUCGACGAACUUAUCGCAAUGAGACUAACAUGCAGGGAAUCAUGAUGAAUCAACACGACUCCCAGCUUGCAAACGCAUUUGGUUCAAAGGCCGAAAAAGGAUUGCCAACUCUAACUGCUAGACUGAGGGAAAAGUUAUCAGAUGACUGGAUGACAUUACGACGAGCGUUCAAAAAGCUGGACAAACGAAAUGAAGGUUACUUGGAUAUGGCAGAAUUUCGCUCGGUAUUACAACUCUGCAAUAUCGUGUUGAACGAGGACGAGGUUCUGGAGCUUUUGACACAACUUGAUGAUAAAAUGGAGGGAAGAGUUAACUAUAAAGAUUUUCUGAAGAAAAUUUCACGAUAGUUGGAAUGCAGACAAGACUAUUUUGAAGCGUAGAUUACUAAUUGAAAAACCUCGUCUUUAGAGACAAACUUGCAUUUACAAAGAAAAGCUAUCUUCUUCUUAACUUCAGAUAAGUUUUCACAAACAUACAACUUUCAUUGAAUCUUCUUUCAAAGAGACAGAAGUCCUUUCCUUGCAGAUAAGGUUGCUUUUCACGAAAGCAAAAAUACAAGUCACAAAGGACACGAGUAUAUAUUUUUUGUGAAACGUAUAUUGGACCAAAUAGCUAUCAUACUUGAGUGUGCCCUUAAUUGGGAAAGUUAUAUAUUCAUAUCAAUAUCGAUUGUCGAUACACGAUACAAACAAGAUGCAUAUACAAGAGUAGAAAAUAUAUAAAUCU